CUCAAAUAUAAUUUCUCAAACAUGAGUGUAUCUAAUUACUAAACCAAAAACUCUUUCCCUCUUCUCUUCUGCACAUGCUCUAAUUUCAAACAGCCAAAAAUUUGAGCGACUGUGAGGUUUGCGGCGAACUCGAAUGCUAAACCGAAGUUAUCAAUAAUGGCGAUUGUUGUUUAAAACCACAACGAAAAAGCAGUGAGAAUGAGUGCCGGCGGCGGCGGAGGAGUAAAAGAGCAGAGCUCGCCUCCACCUAAACCCUCAAAAUUCGCGGUGUACCAGAAUCCAGCCUUCUCUGCUGCCCUAACAACCAACAGCCUUCGUCCCUCCAAGUCUACUUUCCUUUUCAUACUCUCUAUUUCAUUCGCUUCCGCUUCUGCUCUUCUCAGCAUAUUUAUUAGGGAAAGCGGGAUUAUUGACAGUCUGAAAUUCAAAUAUGUUUCUCAAGAAACUGCUUGUCUUUUUGCCAGACUGAUACAGGCUUUUGCAGCCAUAGUUUUAGUUGGAACCUUUCUUGCCCUUUUCAAGGUUAUUUAUCUAUGUACAACGAGGACUACUGAUGUAACAAUUAUGCCACCUACCAAAGGAACAAAGGAGCAUACACAUCUGACUAAUAGACAGUUAGGGCUUUUGGGGAUUAAACCAAAAGUUGAGCAAACUACUCUAGAGUCUUCAAAGAGACCUCCCAAAUCAAGAAGUAUCUCAGCCUCUCUGUCUGAUGUCCUUGUCCCUCUUCAUCAGCCAAUUGCUAGUUCAAACCAUUCAUCUAGACUUAGUGGUGACAAAGCAAGAACCGGUAGUGGAACUAAAGUACCAUCUUUCAGCACCCCAUCAAAAUCACCGGCUUCCCCAUCCUUGUAUCUUGUUCCAGCAUCUUCUUCUCUAUCAUCUUCAAUCCAGUCUUCACCAGGUGGGGAACACUUGGUUGCCACCCCUUGGUCGAACAAGCGAGCUACUUUUCAUAAAGAGAUUGCAACAGAGGAACAGCUUGAAAAGUUCUUGGCUGAUGUUGAUGAGAGAAUUACUGAAUCAGGAAGCAAGCUGGCAACUCCUCCACCCACCAUAAGUGGGUNGCCCACCAUAAGUGGGUUUGGCGUAGCCAGUCCUGGUAACUUGCCCAGUUCCACUAAUACUUCUGGAACUCCAAGAAGUACUCCUCUAAGGCCUGUUAGGAUGUCCCCUGGUUCCCAAAAGUUUACAACUCCACCAAAGAAAGGGGAAGGCGAUCUACCUCCUCCAAUGUCAAUGGAAGAGUCCACUGAAGCAUUUGAGCAUCUGGGGAUCUAUCCACAGAUCGAGCAGUGGCGUGAUCGACUCAGGCAAUGGUUUUCCUCCAUGCUGCUAAAGCCUUUGCUUUACAAAAUUGAUACUAGUCACACGAAGGUUAUGCAAGCUGCAGCCAAACUAGGCAUUACAAUCACAAUCAGUCAAGUCGGAAAUGAAGCGCCUGAUACUGGGACUGCUGCUAUAUCUGCUACGGAGAGGACUAAUGAAUGGAAACCCUCAUUUUCUGUUGAGGAAGAUGGAUUACUUCACCAGCUGCGUGUAACUCUUGUUCAAGCUCUUGAUUCUUGCAUGCCAAAGACAACUUCUGGAGUUCUUCAGCUAUCCUCGCCACAGAACUCUCAGAUCCCUAUUUUACAAGAGUGCAUUGAUGCCAUCACUGAACACCAAAGGCUUCUCUCCUUAAUGAAAGGAGAAUGGGCCAAGGGAUUGCUGCCACAAAGCGGUGUCCGUGCAGAAUAUACAGUACAUAGGAUCCGAGAGCUUGCAGAAGGAACCUGUACGAGGAACUAUGAUUAUUUGGGCAGUGUAGAGGGGUAUGGGAAAGGAACCAAGAAAUGGAGUUCCGAGCUUCCAACAGAUUCUCAUUUGCUCCUAUAUUUAUUUUGUGCUUUCCUGGAGCACCCAAAGUGGAUGCUACAUGUUGAUCCUACAGCUUAUGUUGGAGCCCAGUAUAGCAAAAACCCCUUAUUUUUGGGUGUAUUACCUCCUAAAGAAAGGUUCCCUGAAAAGUAUGUAGCUGUUUUGUCAGGUGUACCCUCUGUGCUCCAUCCAGGAGCUUGCAUAUUGGCUGUGGGAAAACAAAGUCCCCCAGUUUUUGCCCUAUCCUGGGAUAAGAAGCCUCAGUUCUCUCUCCGGGGAAGAACAGCACUUUGGGAUUCUAUCUUGCUGCUGUGCUAUAAGAUAAAGAUUGGGUAUGGAGGUUUUGUGCGGGGUAUGCAUCUUUCUUCGUCAGCAUUGGGCAUUCUCCCAGUUCUUGAUCCAGAAAAGGAUGACUGCUGAACUUGAAUUCACUCCACGUAUGCUAUAAAUUAUUUGCAAACUCUCAUGGACUCUAGUGUGAAGAACAGCUGCAUAAGAAUCUUGGAUCAGGUUUAUCUUGAGAUAUAGGGUCACUGUAAGCAAUUAUAGUUGUGUAAUUUAGGCUCUCAAAAGAAUCAGAGAUUUUUGGUAGAACUGAGGUAUCCAUCCUCUAUUUUCACUGCAGGAUUUUAUGCACUUCAGCAGUUGGAGAAUAAUUCCAUCAGUUCCCAUCAGUAAUAUUAUUAUUGGAUUAGAAGAUUGAUA